AAGAAAAUAAGCAAUAAAGAGAUUCAGUGCAAAUAUUGUAAUAAAAUUUAUAAACAGGGUAAAAUGAGUAUAAGUUUGAAAAAGCAUUUAUUUCAGCAUGGCAUAACAUUUUACAUGAUGGAACACUUGAAAAAUCGACAAAAUAUGUAUAUGUGGCAAUAUUACACACUAGACGAGAAUUGUGAUGCGAAAUGCAUAAUUUGUAAUAGAUUGAUAAAAGUGUUUCACAAUUGGAAUUUGCAAAGUCAUAUAAUUACACAACAUCAAGAAGAAAUAACGAAAAUACAAAAAACAAUUACAGACAUUUGGUUAUCACAACAUUUCGCAUUUGACGUCAUAAAAUGUCAAGAAAGUCAUAAAAUAAGGUGCAUACAUUGCAAUCUUAAAUUGGAUAUAUUUAAAGGAAUAGAUAGCUUAGCGAACCACUUGGAAAUAUUUCACAAUAUAAAUGAAAGUUCAAGAGCUGACGAUAUAAAAAUACAGAAUAACAUGCAAAACGUAUCAUCGCAGAAAUUUUUGUGGGCAUGGAAACAUUUGACACAAUUAAGCAGAAAUAUAAUAAAAUGCAAUUAUUGUGAUAAAAUUUUUAAAGCUCCAAGUAUAACACGAAAUUUAAAAACUCAUUUAUAUGAUGUUCAUAAAAUAAUAAACGACGACGAUUGGAAAAGGUACACAAGUACUUCCUUAAUAUGGCAAUAUUAUAUUAAAGAAAAAGGAUAUGCCGCAAGAUGCAAAAUUUGUUGUAAACUUUUAAAGCAGGCACAUAAUGUAAGAACAUUAAAGCUUCAUUUAUUACGAAUGCAUAAAGAGAAAAUAAUAGAGAUACAAGAAAUGAUUAAACGUACCUGGUUAAAACAAUAUUUCGCAUUCAACGAGUGUGAUGAUAAAGCAAAAUGCAUUUAUUGCGAGCACAAUUUGACAAUAUUUACCGGAACAAAAGGUUUAGAAAAUCACUUAAAAAUCUAUCACGGCAUAAAUGAAAAUUCGAGAUCUGACGAAGGAAACGAAGGAAAUAAUGCAUAUUUAAUGGUACAACAAUCAGCGAAUAACAAAAAUGCCGUGAGUACAAAUUCUCAUGGGGCUGAAUCAUAUUCACAGAUUACAGAAAAUGAAGGAGAACAACAACGGUUUUAUUCUGGAACAGUGCAAGAUGAACAACUAUUGACGAUGAAUAUUUUGAAACCUACCUCACAAACUGAUAGUAUAUCAAAUAAUGACAUGAUUUUUGUAAAUGCUCUUCAUGAGAUAAAUACAGAAAUUGAAAGAAUUAUCGGAAAUACAGAAAUAGAUGGACAAUCGGUAAAUGAACAUAUUAAUGCAAGUACAGGUUUUAAUCAAAUUUGCACAGAAUCGCAAACCACAGAGUAUGAAAGAAAUCAAUGGUUGUAUUAUUGGACAGUGUAUGAUGACCAACUAUUGACGGUGAAUACUUCGAAUACGUUACAAACCGAUACUACAUCAAAUUAUGACAUUUUUGACACAGAUGCACGUCAUAAUACAAACAAUUAUUUAACUAAUGCAGAUAUUAAUGGAAUAAGUGAAGGAAUUAUGGUGGAUAAAAGGGCACAACGAUUGAUUGAUGAACUUAAUGCAAAUGCAAGUCAUCAAACAGGCGCAGAAUCGCAAACCGCAGAGUAUGAAGGAAAUCAAUGGUAGUUGAAAUGAAACAAUUCAAAACAUACAAAUGACAAAUUCAUCAGAACAGACCUUGCAAGUUAAUAAUGCAUUUAACAGUAAUUAUCCAAGUUUAGUUCCGGACGCCUUCACAUAUCAUAAUAAUAAUGAGUAUUUAAAUUCUGAUGAAAUUGAUGGAAGUACCAAGUAGGAUAUAUCUCUACAACCGUUAACACAAAUGAUGAAAAAUAUAAAUUUUUAUUAGUCUAAUGAGAAGGUAAAAUUAAUGAGAAGGCUACAUAGACUUAAUGAUAUAUAAACUGUGACAA